AGAGCUUGCGACUUUUGAAGUUCCCAGGAGUCCCGGCUCCCGCUGCGCACCGAUUCCAGUCGGCUUCUUCACCUCCCUCCUCUGCUCCAGUCCCGCUGGAUCUGAGCCCAUUUCAGGAGUUUCGAGUAAGCAACUCCUGCAAGUUCUGCUAGGUUCCUGAACUUAAAACUGCACGUCGCAGUUUCUCCCUCUCUUGCCCUAGUCAUGGAAGGGAUGGAGGACGCCGAGGCCGAUUGCUCCGUUGCAUUCGCAGAGGCUCAGAGAUGGGUGGAGGCUGUAACUGAGAAGACUUUUGAAACAAAGGAUUUUCGAGCCUCUCUAGAAAAUGGUGUUCUGUUGUGUGAUUUGAUUAAUAAGCUCAAACCUGGCAUCAUAAAGAAGAUUAAUAGACUGUCUACACCAAUAGCAGGUUUGGAUAAUAUAAAUGUUUUUUUGAAAGCUUGUGAACAGAUUGGAUUGAAAGAAGCCCAGCUUUUUCAUCCCGGGGAUCUACAGGAUUUAUCAAAUCGAGUCACUGUCAAGCAAGAAGAGACUGACAGGAGACUGAAAAAUGUUUUGAUAACUUUGUACUGGCUGGGAAGAAAAGCACAAAACAGCCCCUACUAUAAUGGUCCCCAUCUCAAUCUGAAAGCUUUUGAGACUCUGUUAGGACAAGCGUUGACUAAGGCACUUGAAGAUUCCAGCUGUCUGAAAAGAAGUGGCCGAGACAGUGGCUACGGUGAUAUCUGGUGUCCUGACAGAGGAGAAUUUCUUGCCCCUCCAGGUCGCCAUAGGAGGGAGGAUUCCUUUGAAAGCUUGGACUCCUUGGGGUCUAGGUCACUGACCAGCUGCUCUUCAGAUCUCACACUUAGAGGUGGGAAGGAAGGUUUUGAAAGUGACACAGAUUGGGAAUUUACAUUCAAAAUGCAGGAUUAUAACAAAGAUGAUAUGUCCUAUCGAAGGAUUUCAGCUAUUGAACCAAAGUCUGCUCUACCAUUCAACCGCUUCUUGCCUAACAAAAGUAAACAGCCAUCCUAUGUGCCAGCACCUCUGAGGAAGAAAAGACCAGACAAAAAUGAGGAUAACAGAAGAAGCUGGGCCAGCCCGGUCUACACAGAAACAGAUGGAACAUUUUCAAGUAACCAGAGGAGGACUUGGGGUCCCAAGAUGGAGCGCUGGCACACAAUCCAAGAAACUUCAACCUCCUCUUGUUAUCUGGAAGAGGAGGAAGAAAAGAUAACGCGCAUCCCCAACCUUGUGAAGGAUGAUCUCUAUGUGCGAAAGCUCAGCCCUGUCAUGCCAAGCCCAGGGGGCUCUUUUGAUCAGUUUCUUCCCAAAUGCUGGACCCCAGAAGAUAUGAACUGGAAAAAAAUAAAGAGAGAGACUUAUAAGCCAUGGUAUAAGGAAUUCCAGGGAUUCAGAAGGAAUUCUGACUCUGAGGACGAGGACUCAGGCUCUCUCAGAAGCGCCACGAUUUUUAGUAGGCUAGAAAAGGCAGAGCAUAGGUUAGCCAGCAGCUACCAAAGACCUUCACUCUUGCUGGAGCUAGCUACCAAACAUGCCAUGAGGUCACGGGACACCCCUGCAGCCAGGCGGACCAGUGGUCCUUUGGAGGAGUCCAGUCAGUUUUUAUUGCUUCAGGCUCUUCAAACAUACUCUGAUGACAUCUUGUCUUCAGAAACAAGCGUCAAAAUCGAUCCCACCUCUGGCCCAAGGCUCAUAACUCGCAGAAAAAAUCCCUCUCACACACCAGGCUAUCGAGCGGAUGACCUUGAGCUGCCAGCUCUGGAUCCUGACUUAGAAAAUGAUGAUUUCUUUGUCAGAAAAACUGGGGCUUUCCAUGCAAAUCCAUGUGUUCUCCGAGCCUUCCAAGACCUUCGAAGGUUCUCUGAGCCAGACGAUGCUGUUGAGCGAGAUAUAAUUUUGCAGUGUCGGGAAGGCGAACUUGUACUUCCAGAUUUAGAAAAAGAUGAUAUGAUUGUUCGCCGGAUCCCAGCACAGAAGAAAGAAGUGCCCCUGUCUGGGGCCCCUGAUAGAUAUCAGCCAGUCCCUUUCCCUGAACCCUGGACCCUACCUCCAGAAAUCCAAGCGAAAUUUCUGUGUGUGCUCGAAAGGACACGCCCACCCAAAGAAAAAAGCAGCGGCUGUAGAGUCUUAGCUCCUUCCUAUCGACAGAAGAGAGAUGACAUGUUGGCUCGCAAGAUCCAGUCUUGGAAGCUGGGGACCGCUGUGCCUCCCAUCAGCUUCAAGCCUGGCCCCUGCAGCGAGGCCGACCUGCAGAAGUGGGAGGCCAUCCGGGAGGCCAGCAGACUUAGGCACAGGAAGCGGCUGAUGGUUGAGAGACUCUUUCAAAAGAUUUAUGGUGAGAAUGGGAGCAAGUCCAUGAGCGAUGUCAGCGCGGAGGAUGCUCAGAACCUGCGUCAGCUGCAGUACGAGGAGAUGCAGAAAAUAAAAUCCCAACUGAAAGAACAAGAUCAGAAGUGGCAGGAUGACCUUGCAAAAUGGAAAAGUCGUCGGAAGAGUUACACUUCAGAUCUGCAGAAGAAAAAGGAGGAGAGGGAAGAGAUUGAAAAGCAGGCACUCGAGAGGUCUGACCGAAGCUCCAAGACAUUUAGGGAAAUGCUGCAGGACAGGGAAUCUCGAAAUCAGAAUUCUACAAGGAGGAUGUAUUCCUCUGAUGACGCCCUGGAUGAAGUGCUCACUCCUACAGCGACUCUCUCAGAAACCAGCUACCAGACCGAGAGACUGGAAGUCAAGGCAACAAUUUAUCCUGCCGAGACGCCCAAAGAAGAUUCCACAACUUUUGCAAAUAGACAGGACAGUGUAGCCGCUGAGAUUCAACUUCCUUCUCAUAUUCCUGAAGAGCAGCUGCCGGCCACUUUAUCUGCGGCAGAACCACACCAGACCCCCUUGUCUUCUGCAGAACCACACCAGGCAUCCUUGCCUUCUGCAGAACUGCACCAGGCAUCCUUGCCUUCUGCAGAACCACACCAGGUCUCCUUAUCUUCAGUAGCACAGCGUCCAGUCUCGCUCUCUUUACAGCAGUCGCCGAGUACAAGAGCAGAGUCGACUCGGAUUUCAGCUUCUCUCCCUAGAAGUUACCAGAAAGCCGAUACAGCCAGGUUAACAUCUGUGGUCACAGCGAGACCUUUUGGCACGCAGUCAAGGGGAAUCUCAUCACUGCCCAGAUCCUACACGAUGGAUGCUGGCUGGAAGUACAAUGGAGAUGCUGAAGUUGUCAAGGGACCUCAACAGAAUUCGGUCAAAGCCAGUGCCCCGAAGCUUGACUCCAUCCAGUUUGUUUGGGGCUCAUCCAGUGAAAGGGAGGCAGCCACAGGAGAAGAUGUGGCAAGCAUGUCCUCCCCCAUACCCACUUCUUCAUCUCCAUCCCAAGACCAGGUAGCUACUUCAAAAGCCACACUCUCUUCAACGUCUGGCCUGGAUUCAGUGUCUGACUCUGGAGAAGGGAGAAGCUCACCACUGAGGGAGGUUUCAAGGACCCAGGAUCAGUUCAGCGACAUGAGAAUCAGCAUAAACCAGACGCCUGGGAACAAACCUGACUUUGGCUUUACAAUAAAAUGGGAUUUUUCUGGGAUCUUCGUAGCAUCAGUUGAAAAAGGUAGCCCAGCAGAAUUUUCUCAGCUGCAGGUAGAUGAUGAAAUUCUUGCCAUCAACAACACCAAGUUUUCAUAUAAGGACACGAAAAAGUGGGAGGAAACCAUGGCAAAUGCCCAAGAAACUGGAAACUUGGUGAUGGAUGUCAGGCGCUAUGGAAAGUCUGACUGGGGCAGAGACCAACCUCCCCUGCCAUCUAUACGGCAUAAAACCCUCAAUCUUACCAGUGUGGCUACCAAAAUUAUAGGUUCACCUGAAACCAAGUGGACUGAUACGACUUCAGGGAUUUACAACACGGACAAGUCUUCAAGUCUGUCGGUAACAACUGAUUUCUCUGAAAGCCUUCAGAGUCCUUAUACUGAAUCCAAAGAAAUCAAUGGAAUUCAUGAGGAAAGCAACACCUUUGAUUCAAAAGCAUCAGAAUCCAUUUCUUUGAGAAAUUUAAAAAGGCGAUCACAGUUUUUUGAACAAGGGAGCGCCGAUUCUGUGGCUCCUGAUCUUCCGGUUCCAACCCUCAGUGCCCCGAGUCGCUGGGCAUGGGAUCAAGAGGAGGAGAGGAAACGGCAGGAGAGGUGGCAGAAAGAACAGGACCGCCUACUUCAGGAAAAAUACCAGCGUGAGCAAGAGAAGCUGAGGGAAGAGUGGCGGAGGGCCCAGCAGGAGGCGGAGAGAGAGAAUUCCAAGUACUUGGAUGAGGAGCUGAUGGUUCUAAACUCCAACAGCAUUUCUCUGAGCACACGGGAGCCUGUGGCUUCCACCUGGGAACCCACUUGGAGUGAAGGGUCCAAGUCUUCGGACAGGGAAGGAACCCGAGCAGGAGAGGAGGAGAGGGGACAGCUGGAAGAGGAUGCUGUUUAUGAGGACCAACGUCGGAAGCUGCAGGAACAGCUCACGCUUGAGCAGGAGAAGAAACGGAAGGAACAAGAAGCUCAGGAAGAAGAACUUCGGAAGCAGCGGGAGGCUGAGGCUCAGGCCCAGGCCCAGGCCGAGGCAGAAGCUAAGGCCCGCGCAGAGGCCCAGGCCCAGGCUGAGGCAGAAGCUAAGGCCCGCGCAGUGGCCCAGGCCCAGGCCGAGGCUCAGGCAGAAAGACGAGCUGAAACACAGAAGCACCAGGCAGAGAGGGAGAGAGAAACUUCGGUGAAGAUCUACCAGUACCGGAGGCCUAUUGAUUCCUAUGAUAUACCCAAGAGAGAAGAGGACUCUUCAGGGCUGCUUCCUAGUGACAGGAGUAAAUCAAGAUCCACUACGGAACUGAACAAUGCCCCUACAGAGAAGAAUGGAAGCAGCAAGUAUUCGGACCGAAUUGGGACUACUAGCUUUUCACAAAGGAGCUCCAAGAAGGAUCAGGCCCCCUCAGAAGCAGAGUUGGAGAGACAGCAAAUCCUUCAGGAAAUGAGGAAGAGAACAUCUCUGCAUAAUGACAACAGCUGGAUCCGACAGCGCAGUGCCAGUGUAAACAAAGAGCCCAUCUGCCUGCCUGGGAUCAUGAGAAGAGGGGAGUCUCUGGACAAUCUGGACUCCCAGCGGCCCAGUUCUUGGAGGCAGUCCCCAUGGCACAACCAGCCUGCAGGGGUCUAUGCCUCCUCCUCUGUCCAAGACUUCAGCCGCCCGCCUCCACAGCUGUUGUCCACAUCAAACCGUGCCUACAUGCGGAACCCAUCCUCUGCUGUACCGCCUCCAGCGGGCCCAGUGAAGGCCGUCAUCCCAGGCCCUGCCCCCCCAGGGUCUCCCACUCCACGCAGCCAUUCCCCUUCAAUGUCACAGUCAGGCUCCCAGCUCCGUAACAGGUCAGUGAGUGGGAAGCGUGUGUGCUCCUACUGUAAUAACAUUCUGGGCAAAGGAGCUGCUAUGAUCAUCGAGUCCCUGGGUCUUUGUUAUCAUUUACAUUGUUUUAAGUGUGUCUCCUGUGAAUGUGACCUCGGAGGCCCCUCCUCCUCCUCAGGAGCCGAAGUCAGAAUCCGAAACCACCAACUGUACUGCAAUGACUGCUAUCUCCGAUUCAAAUCUGGACGGCCAACCGCCAUGUGAUGUAAGCCUCCAUUCGAAAGCACUGUUGCAGAUAGAAGAGGAGGAGGCGGUGGCUGCUGAUGCAGAACUAUAAAUAUGUCUUGUAUGUCCCCCCCCUUUUUUUUUAAAAAAAAAGAACAACCUUUGCCUCAUUAGAUGACAUAGGAACACUGUAGUGCUGGUAGGACCUGUAUUUUUGUUGUUUAUUUAUAAGGUAAUUAUGUGUGUGGGGAAGUGCCGUACUUGCCUUUUGAAUUCGGCAUCCUAAAAGCACAAGCAGAAAAACCCCAAGAACUUAAAAAAAUACUUUGGAGACUGAUGAUGAUCUAGUUUGACCCUUUAGUGGUGUUUUGAAGAGGGUAUUUUAUUUUAUUUUUUUUAAGUUCUUAAACAUUUAUUUGAAAUAGUUAAUAUAAAUAUGUAAUUGUGUUUACUGUUUACUGUAAUGUAUUCUAAGUUAAUGUGGAACCAUAUGAAAAAUUUCAUUUAAAUCCACCCAUAAAUUUGCUUUUUUGUGGUUUUCUUUACACAGAAAUAAUCCAACUGAAAAAUAAUUUUGCUUAUGUAAUAUUUUAUUUGCUUGAGGAGGGCAUUCUAUUUUCUUUACAAGGACUGUUGUUGCUAAGCAAAUAUCAGUAGAAAGCUGCUUAUUUUCAAUAAUAAAAAAUAACCAUGGUUUGUACACCAGGAAUUUUCUCCAGAAACUAGUGAGAUUUUCUGUUCAGUUGCCUUUGUAAAUAAAAUUGGUGAUGCAUUUAA